CCCAAUACAAUCGGAUUCAAGGAACGGCUUUUACAUUACCUAAGUUAAUGUUUGACAAGAUCAUGCACGGUUAAGUUAGUUCUCAACCGAGCACAACAAAUCUUCUUUACAACAGACAGUUUUACUUCCAAGGAUAUUGCAAUUGGAUGAAGUAUCUUCUACCUUUUUCAUUCAGCCGUGCAGAUCAUUUUACAAUUAACUCGAGCUCCUUUUUGGAUCAUUCCACAUACAUUUAUGGUGUCAGGUAUCCAAAUAGAGUUUUCGUUGGCGGAUUGCCACGUGAGACAACUGCAACUGAUCUGGCCAGUUUUUUCAGUAAAUUUGGUCGAGUAACAGAGUCGAAAGUUAUUUUGAACGAGGAUGGCACAUCUAAGGGCUAUGGAUUCAUAACUUUUGCCACUUCAGAGGAUGUUGCUGGUGUGUUUGGACAGGGUGUGAUAUUUUAUAAACAGAAGAAACUUAAUCUUGGCCCUGCAAUUAGAAAACAGGCACCAGAAACACCAGGGGAACCAAUCUACAUGUUAAAUUUACCAGCACAAACUCAAAUAUCUGGAUCCCCACCACCCAAAAUGCAGCCUAGUCCUCCAGCAUUGCCUCCUCCUUGUCGCCAAAAUUCACGAAGUCCUACAUUAGCAGCAUUGCCUGCACCUCCAGCAAAUGCCCGGAAUCUUCCAAUCCCACAAGCAGCACUAACGUUUCCACAGCACUGCUACCAAUCAAUAUCAAUGGUAGACAUAUAUCCACAAGCUUUACCAUUUGCACAAAAUUUCCAAUGGUUUCCAACACUGGCUUGAUGUUAAUUAGUCAGCAUUUAAAAACUGAAUUGAAAACUGUGGUUCCAUACUGAGUCAAAAAAGAUGAGAGAUUCAAGAAAUAAGCAACAAUGUUGCCAUUUCUUUGCACAAGUUAACAAUUUGACUGUGAUAUAUUAUGGUCCUUCAUUAGGAGCAUAUGGGCACUGGUUACUGCAUAUGCUUCUUCAGUCAUAAAUGUAACGCUAAAAUAGCUUGUAAAUUUAUUUUAUUUUAGAUGUCUGUGACCAAUUCAGAAAUAAUGGUGGGAUCAACAACCCAAACUUUGAGGCAAGAUUUUUGUACUUAAUUUCAACUCGAUUGAAACACACAGCAGAAAAUGAAAAGAAUUAUCAUAUAUCUUAAACUAUCCAAAAUGAUCUGCUUACAGAAUUGAAGUACAGUUUUGAGCUGUAUAGUUCCUUUAAUGAAUCUUUAAAUUUGAGGGCCAAUAAUUGCCUGUUGUAAAUUAUAUCAAACCACUUUUCUCAAAGUCAAUGGCUUAAAGAUUCUGGGAAAAAAACAAAAGCUGAAAGUGCUGAUUUUAUAAAUUUUAAUGAAACUGACAAAGUAAUGUAGAUAAACAAUUGCUAAAGUUAUUGGGAAAAUUUUUAAUCAAUUUGAAGAGUAAAAGUAUAAAAGUUACAAUAUUAGUGCUAGAAAAAUUGGCCAAAACCUGAAUGCUGGGAAUGUUUUUCCACCUAGAAAAGCUGAUGAUUGUGCCAAGCGUGUAUCCAAAUAUCUGAACAGAUGCUAAUUGUUUGAGCUAAUAUGCCAGGCACUAAUUACACCUAUAUCAUCAGCUUCUUGAUUUAGUUGCUCUUUCUUAGUUUUUAGUUUAGCAAUAGUUUUCCAUAAUAGAAUAUAGUAUUACUGGUAAUCAAUUGACUAAUAUUUUGGCAGCUUUUGAUGUAAGCAUGUAAAACAGUAAAUUCAUUACAAUAUGCAUUGUAAAAUUGUGUUCCUUUAAAUAUUAGAAAGAAAAACAGAGGUGUGUAGAAGCUGUUUGUCCAGGAGACAUAUUACUGCUUUUUGGAUUACAAAAAUUUUUUGGAAAAUUUUUUCACAUAAAGACUAUUGUAGAACUACUUCAAUUAGGAAUACCUCAACCAUGCUUGAUGAUUUUGUUAGGCUUGGUAGAUUGACUCUAGCAUAUCAGUUUCAACAAGCAGUCAUUGUUUUUUAUUCUACACACCUUUGUAACACUUUGGUUAACAAAUUUUGUUAUUUUAUGUAAGAUUAAACUUGGUUAACCUUAACUUGGUUAGUAAUGGGAUCAUAGCAUAAAUCAUCAAUAGAAAGACAUUAUCAGGAAAAUUUAAAACCAUAGUAUGCUUUAUAUCAGAGUAUACAUGUUAGUUGCCUUUUCAAACAAAAACAGACCAAUGCAUGGAUGUUUUGCCAUAGCCAGCAAAUUCUGUAUAUAUUUUUACUCAAUUUUCAUGCAUUGUAUUUAAAGCCAGUGAGGGAACAAACCUUCAACAGUGAAUACAUUUGAAGAGCAAAAUAAAAGUAUUUUUGAAUGCUCAUCUUGAAAAGAAACACUAUAUGCUCAAAAGAAAUGUUGCUAAUGCCUUGGUUCCCAGCUAUUUUGUUCCUUAAUUAUGCUCAUUAAUCUAAACUACCUUUAAUCCUAAUUAUCCUUUAAUUAUUUCAUUAUUAGACUUUAAUUUAUAUAGCAAUGCAUUUUUAAUUAGUAUUAUAAAAUUAUUUUGUGAUGGUAUAGUACAACUUAAAA